AAAACCUCCCACUUCCCGCGUUCGUGGCUUCUUCUUCACCUUUGCCCGACGCCCCGCCAUCUCCAGUUUGUGGACUCUCUUCCGUAGACUUAGUCCUUUUUUUUCCUCCCUUUUUGAUCUUCCGAAAUGGGCUUAAAGCUAGAAACAGAGCUUAAAUCCUCCAAGAAUCACAAAAUACAUCGGAGGAGGAAAUGCCAGAUGAAAGUUGGGGUUUUUGGGGUUGUGAGGGCCUUUCUAAUGAUUGCAUCCAUAAAACUAGGAUCCAAUCCGAGACUAGCAAGAUUGGGAUUUUCAUUGGCAGCAUCAGGAGAUGGGACAACAAUUUUCUUUCUAGACGAAAGCUUGCUCACGGAGAUGAAGGCAGAGGCUGCUGAUGAAAGCUUGCUUGGGUAUCUCUGUUGCCGACGAAAGCUUGGGCAAGAGAGGUUUUUGCUGAGAAAGCUUGGGCGACUCGGAAGACGAGAGAGGAACACGAUGAGAUCGGUGAUCACGAGAGAGGAGCUGCAUGAUGAGAGGAAGGCCAGCGUUGAAUUUGUGCACGCCGAGAUGAAGCAUGAGCAGCGAAGGAGAUGAAAAGCCAAUAGCGGAGGAGAUGAAAAGGGAGGAGAGGAGGUGUCGGGUUCAAAGAGAAGAUCGAAUCUUGGGGCAGCUUGGCUUCACAGAGAAAGAGGGAUGAGAGGAAGUGUCGGGCGAAUUGUUUUGAGUUUGGGGCAGAGUCGGUUCAUUUUUCAGUGAACCCGUCACGUAGGA